AUGCCGCGAGCUGCGGGCCAACUGGAUGUUGACAAGCUCAAUGCGGAAAUUCAAGACUAUGAAAACUUCGUCAAUGACUUGCGCGGUACCACGGAGCCUCGCACAGCAGAAUGGAUCAAAAGCUUGCUGGACAAGGUGUGUCUCUUCUUUCCCGUUCAGGAUUCAGGCUAUGCGCUGCUCACUCUAUUCAAGCAUGGAUUGAAAGGAGACCACUACUUUGACAAUACUUCAUCUGUUCUGUCUACGCCACAAAAUGAGAUGGAUGCCGAUGAGCGCUCACCCAAUUCGUCCAUUGGUUCGCUAGAGGCAAUUGGUCGCGUGGAAGAGGACCUCAAUCGGACGGAGCAUACUCGCGCUACGGGUUUCAUGGGGAAAAGCUCUGAAAUUUCAUGGAUGCAACGACUUCAGAGGGAGGCAGAGCAACGCGCCCAAGGCUAUUCUGGGAUCGUGGAGCCCAGUCAGGAUAAGAAUGAAACACGAGACGGAUUCUCUCUCCAUGCGCUGAACUACCACCUCGACGAUCUCGACAUUUCCGUGCCCGAACCAGUGGAACGAUACCAUAUGCCCCCUCGACUUCUAGCCGAUCGUCUCUUCGACGAUUAUCUAGAUACGGUACACCCGUUCUUCCCUAUAAUCAACAAACCGCUCUUCCGCGCACAAUACCAAACAUUCUUCGACAGCUUCUCCCGGCCCAGUGCUCCUCGACCGGGUGAUAAGUGGCUUGCUAUCCUGAACAUCAUCUUUGCCAUCGCGGCCACGCAUUCUCACCUCAUCAAUGCACCGUGGCGAGGGGGUUGUGAUGAUCAUCUCGUGUAUAUGACCCGAGCUCGACUCCUCAGCCUGAAUUCCGAAGUUCUUUUCAGUCACCCGGACCUUCAGCAAGUACAAGUAGAGAGCUUGAUGGCAUUCUAUCUACUUGCAUCCGAUCAAAUCAACAGAGCAUGGAGGAUUUCGGCUCUCGCGGUUCGCUCUGCCAUCACGCUUGGUAUCAACUUGAAGAAUAAUAGUGCUAUCACUCCCAACAUUUCCAAGGAGGCUCGUUACAGAGUGUGGUGGUGUCUGUACUCCUUCGAGCAUAUGCUGGGCAUCAUGACUGGCCGAGCUAUCUACACCCUUGACGGAGGCUAUGCAACCCCGUUACCCCUUCCCUUCGAGGAAGACCAAUUGCAACAAGAUCCAACGGCCAUUGAAAUUUUGAACAGUCCUGCGCUGAGAGACGACUUGAUCAACAAUGUGAUGGCGAGCGCGGUGAUCCGACAAGCUGGUAGCAAAGAAGAUACCCAGAAACCCCGGCCGCGGGACCAGACAUGGCUCAAAAUAUUGCCAUCCAACUUUGGUCUUUGCUAUCUUUUUCACUGUGACUUGACGAUCAUUACGCAGGAAAUUGUCAACAAGGUUUACUCGACCAACUGUGUCGUGCUUCCAUGGUCAGAGAUCGAAGCACGGCUCGAUGAACUACGGGCUCGGAUUGACGCCUGGCAGUCAAGUCUUCCCACGGUACUUGAUUUUACCAAAGACGAGACUGACGACAGCCCUGAUCAGCUUCGCUGCAAGUUGAUCCUCGCAUUCCACUACUAUAGCGCGCUAAUUACCCUUGGGCGCCCCUGUCUUUGCCGGCGUGAUGCACGCCAGCAGAACUCUCAGCAAACCUUCAGCCAUAUGAUGGCUGUCAUGACUUUGGACUCUGCCUCGCGCUUGCUUGGCUUGAUUCCAGAUGAACCGGAUGUCCUCCAGCUCUUUCGAAUCUGCCCCUGGUGGAGUGUUCUCCGCUAUCUGAUGCAGGCAGCGACCGUGAUACUUCUCGAAUUGUCCUUCAGCAGUGUUCACAUCCCAGAGGAUGAACAUCGAUUCGUCACACUAGCAAAGAAAUCAAUCCGCUGGUUCCAUGCCAUGUCUGACCGCAGUAUCGGCUCGCGACGUGCUUGGCAACUCUGCGACUCCAGCUUCCGGAAAUUGGCAAGCAGCAUGAAGUACAACACAGACGAUUUACCCUCCCAACCGUUCCAGGCAGAGCGUGCCACGGCUGAGAAUAUUCCACCUCGAUCUCACCCUCCAGACCUUCAUGGUGCGCCGUCCACCUUCAACGAUUAUUUCAACCUCCACCCGGAAGACAGGAACCCUUUUGUACACCGUCCAGCACCAGAAGGAAGUGCUUGGACAAACUACUUCAAUCUCCCCACCCCCGAUCUUAUGUGGCCCCUUACAGGCCCGGGCGAAAUCACCGAAGACUCAUACUUCCCCUAUGAUCCUCUCAGUGAAGAGUUCAUCCGAUCCUUCUUCCCGUCUUCGGAUGAAGAAAACAGAGGACUACGGUGA